AUGUCGAUAGACCCCACCAUCGCCCGCGAGCUCUCCCGGCUCGACCCGGCCAUCCCGUUUCGCGCCACCACGAAACAUGUGCACUCGACAUGGGCCAAGACGUUCUACUCGCGGCCGGAGCUCUACAUUCAGCCGCAGAGUGUUGAGGAGAUCCAGAAAGCUGUGACGCUUGCGCGCCGUUGCGGACGGAGAUUAGUGACGGUCGGCAGCGGUCAUUCGCCGUCCGACCUGACCUGCACCUCCGCGUGGCUGAUCAACCUCGACAAGUUCAAUCGCAUCACCAACGUGUCGCCAGAGACCGGUCUCGUGUCGGUGCAGGCCGGAAUAAGGCUGCGCGAUCUUGGCCGCGAGCUGGACAAGCACGGGCUGGCUCUCCCCAAUCUCGGCAGUAUCGACGAUCAAUCCAUCGCCGGCGUGAUCGCCACCGGCACUCAUGGCAGUUCUUCGCGUUACGGCCUGCUUUCGGAAUGCAUCCAGGCCCUUUCAGUGACUCUUGCCAAUGGCCAAACCGUGCGAUGCAGUGCAACCAACAACCCGUCGCUCUUCCGCGCGGCCCUCGUGUCACUCGGCGCGCUCGGCAUUGUAACUGAAAUAUCGUUGCAGGCCGUGCCUGCCUUUCGCAUUUCCUGGGAGCAAUCACUUCAUCCGCUCUCGAGUCUGCUCGAUCGCUGGUCCGACGAUUUAUGGACAUCGCACGAAUAUGUGCGUGCCUGGUGGCUUCCCUACAUGGACCGGGCCAUUGUCUGGCACGCUGAUAAGACCGAUCUCCCCAUGAACCCUCCGCCGAAAUCCUGGUAUGGUGGAUGGCUGGGUUUUCACACAUAUCACAAUCUACUUGCCUUAGCAAACUGGUUCCCACGGAUUCUCCCUUGGGUCGAGUGGUUCGUGUUCGGCAUGCAAUAUGGAUUCAAGCCCGACUCUGUGGUGACAAAAGCCGUGGAACAAUCGCACAAAGGUCUGCUGAUGGACUGUCUUUAUUCACAAUUUGUGAACGAGUGGGCAUUGCCCUUGGAGAAGGGCCCGGAGGCUAUCACUCGUCUGUCAGCGUGGAUUCAUGGCGACCAGGAAACUGCGCGAAUUCCAUUCAGCCCCAAGGGCGUUUGGGUUCACUGUCCUAUAGAGGUUCGUGUAUCCGACACGACUAUCUCUUCCUCGCCACAUCCUUACCUUGAUCCAACGUGUCGACAUGGACCUACUCUUUACCUGAAUGCCACGCUCUAUCGCCCUUAUCUUCGGGAUCCGCCGUGCAGAGAGCGCUACUACGAAGCAUUCGAAUGGCUCAUGCGUGACUUGGGUGGCCGUCCUCACUGGGCGAAGAAUUUCACUACAUUCUCCUCGGCUCAAGAUCUACAUGAUAUGUACGGGGACGACAUGGAGCAAUGGCUCAAAGUGCGCCGCGAAGUAGAUCCCGAUGGUUUAUUUGUCGGAGAAUGGCACCGGCGGAACCUGCUUCUGACAACCGGCUCCCAGAAACUCGACGAAAGCACGACCAUGACGGCCGAUAUAGAUGACGGUCAGCUUCUCUUAGGGGAGCGGGUGGCAGAUGUGCGGAGGCUGGGAGGCCCUGGAACUGGAGAUGGACUGGAGUGGGUGGGAGAUCGUCGCUGGGAACGGACAAGUUCUGCGUCUGGACAAGAUUAUGACAGCGACGGCCAAAGGCCAGGAUCUCCAAGCCCGCUAAAGACAUCGACUAGUGAAGAAAGCUUUGAUCUCCUGGCCCACGGAGAGGCCAGCAUCAUCAUCCCAGACAAGCAAUAG